AUGUCGCAACAAAAUCAAGGCCAACAGCAGCAACAACCUUAUCCUACCCCUCUCUCCAUUCCCAGCACGAACUUGAAUGUUACGGCCGUCAAUGCUUCUGGCAACUCUCCUGCCUCAGCAACCCCUCUUUCUGGUCUUCAGAACCCAUAUAAUCUCUAUUCCCAAUACGCUAUGAUGAAUAUGGGCCUUGGCGGUAUGGGGAUGAUGGGCCUUAAUUACCCCUUCUCUCCGACCUCAUUCCCUCAGACUCCCGCAAAUGCAGCUGCGUCUCUUCAAGCCGCUGCAGCUGCAGCUUUCAAUGCUCAGAACAACCAAACACGCAAUGGAGGUGGCAAUCCAAACAACCCAAUCUCGCCUUUGAAUGUCGGCGCUGCUCAAGCCUAUGCUCUGCAGGCCGCGGCUGCUGCUGGAGCAGCGAAUCAAGCCGCUAGUCGUACCGUUUAUAUGGGAAAUUUGCCCCAGUCCGCUGCAGUAGACGAACUUCUCAACUUGAUCAAGUUUGGUCCUAUUGAGAACGUUCGCAUCCUUGGGGAGAAGUCAUGUGCCUUCAUUUCUUUCCUUGAUCCCCAGACCGCUGCCGCAUUCCACACCGAUGCGACCCUCAAAAAAAUAUCCUUGCAUGGUGCUGAGCUCAAGAUUGGAUGGGGCAAACCUUCUCCUGUUCCCCCUCAAGUCCUCUUGGCAGUCCAGCAGAACAACGCUACCAGAAACGUAUAUCUCGGCGGAUUAGAUGAGAGUACCACGGAAGCAAUGCUCCGGGAUGAUCUUUCUCGUUUUGGCCUCAUUGACCAAAUCAAAAUCGUAAAGGACAAGGGCAUUGGCUUCGUUCACUUCCUUUCCAUCGCGGUUGCUCAAAAGGUGGUGGCUACUCUCCCUACCGAGCCCGCAUGGCAAGGUAAAAGAGUCAACUACGGCAAGGACCGAUGCGCCUUCCAGCCGAAAACUACGCAAGCUGCACAAGCCGCCGUUCAAGUUGCUGCCCAAUCUCUAGCAGCCGCUGCUGGUAGCCCCAUGACAGGCGUUGGUUUCGGUUUCGGAGGCUUUGGUGGAUAUGACCUUGCAUCUCCCAUCCCAACCACUCCUGCGAGUGCAAUGGCAUUAAUGGCUGCUGUCAAUGGUGGUAUGAGCCCAGGUGGUGCCGCCGGAAUGAUGAACAGGACCGUCUACCUCGGAAAUAUUCACCCUGAGACGAGUACUGAAGAUCUCUGCAACGCCAUUCGCGGAGGAGUAUUGCAAAGCAUCAAGUAUAUGACCGAUAAGCAUAUCGCCUUCAUCACCUUUAUCGACCCUGCCGCGGCAUUUACCUUCUAUCAGGUUGCAACUUACCAGGGCCUUACUCUCAAUAACCGUCGUCUUAAAGUUGGCUGGGGUAAAACAUCCGGACCUCUGACCCCGGCUCUUGCCUUGGCCGUCCAUUCUGGUGCUACUAGAAACGUCUAUAUCGGUGGCAUCGAAGACUUUGAGCUAUUCAAUGAAGAGCGUCUCAAGCGAGACUUCCUGGAGUUUGGAGAGAUCGAACUGGUUAACUACUUGAAGGAAAAGAAUUGCGCUUUCGUCAACUUUACCAACAUUGCCAAUGCUAUCAAGGCUAUCGAGGGCAUCAAGACGAAACCAGAAUAUGCUACAUUACGUAUUGCCCAUGGAAAGGAUCGCUGCGCAAAUCCCCCUCGUACGACCGGCGCCGCAAACCCUAGUAGUGGCCCCCUUUCGGCUGGAUUAAACGGGCCAAAGAAGAUGAGCGGGCCGACCAUCAGUAUCACCGGCUCCGGUUUGAGCCCAACUUUGCCUGACGAUGGGGAAACAGUCAACGAGGCGGAGGUUGCUGCACUCGCUGCCGUCGUUGAGCAGGAACUGCAAGCAGAAGGGGCUUCUCUUGGUUAG